AUGAAAGCAAUUGCCAACCUCGGAUUCAUGUUUGCCGAGCUGCCGUUCCUCGAGCGCUUUGCCGCCGCCGCUGCCGCGAACUUCACCACCGUCGAGCUUGGGUGCUCGUGGACGAGCACGAGUCCCAGCGAUGUGGCCGCUGCUGCCGCCGCCGCUGGUGUCACCAUCUACGCGCUCAACACGCCAAAGACCUCGCCAUCAGGUCUCGAGUGGGGCACGGCUUGCGUGGCUGGCGAUGAGGCGCAGCGCGAGUUUGAGGCUCAGAUGGAGGAGACGCUGGCCAUGGCCGCCGCCUGCUCCGCUGCUGCCAUCCACCUCCUUGCCGGCUGCGGCGAGGCCGACGACGAGGCGAUGGCGGCAGUGUUUGAAGCCAGGGUGGCGCAGGCGCUGGCCAUGGCUUCUGCCCACGGCAUCAUUGUCCUCCUCGAGCCCAUCACCCGCAAGGCUGCCAUUCCGGGCUACUUCCUCACCUCGGUCCCGCACGCCCUCGACGUCAUCGACCGGGUCCGCGCAGCCAACUCUGACUUGCAGCUCAUCGGUAUCCAGUUUGACGUCUUUCACGUCUAUCUUGAGGACGGCGCAGUCGGGUGGUGGCUCGACCGGGCACUCGAGCGCGCACCGGUGGUGCAUCUGCAGUUGUCGGCGCCGGCCGCGCGGACCGCUCCGGUCUCGCCCGCCGUCAUGGCGGCCAUGGCCAUUGCCCAUCCGCUGCUCGACUACUCCUCGGAGCUCGACUUUGGCUGGCUCGAGAGCAAGCUGGACGAGGUUGGCUAUCAUGGCUUUGUCGGCCUCGAGUACAAGAAGCACCCGUCGUUUACCUCGACCCACGACGAGGUCGCCGCCCUGCGCGACGCCGGAUGGCGGUGGUGA